AUGCCUCUCCUCCGAACAAUCAUCCUAGGCACCCUCCUCAGUCUCACAACCGCCGCCUCCCUGUCCCUCCCCGCCGCCUGCCCCGCUAACAACAACAACAACAACAACAACAACAACAACAACAACAACAACAACAACAACAACAAGCCCAACAACAACAACAACACUCGUGAAGUCUGCGGGCCGACGGUCUGUGCCGAGGGUCUGACCUGCUGCAACCCAAGCUGCGGAUACUGCAUCAAGCCCGGAGAAGAAGGAGGGUGCACCGAGGAGGUCUGCGGCGAUAUCGGAAUCGGAACUUUCGGGCCCAAGUGCGGUCCCAGCGGCGUCGUGUGGGUGUACGACGGAGAUUUGUGUGAGCUGAGAGGCGAACGGGGUAGUGUUGGAUAUUGA